CUUAUGACUGUCCUAUCACAGCCCCUCACCACGCCUGUUUCCACAUCUGCCUGUCUGCCAUCUGCUCAGCAGCCACUUCAAUAAUAGCUUGCAGCUGCAAAGGAAGGAGGGGGUGGCGGGGUGGAAGGAAAAACCCAGAGGGGCUAGAGGUAAGGGGAGGGCAGGCAGUCGGGCGGGCGGGGAGGGAGGGUUGGAGGGAGGAAGAAGGAAGGAGGGGGCGGUGAAAGCAGAGCUGUGAUGCAGACAGCGAAUCACAUGAGCAGGGAUCUGUUUACAAACUGAGGGCUGUAGACGAGAAGUGGAGACGAGGAAGGAGAGAGGAGGAGAGUGAAUGUGAGAAGAAAAUACAGGAGAGGAGAGGAGAGGAGAGCCUGGAUCUGAAUUAACAUUAGCCGCAUUGUCUUCCUGUGUUAUACACCUCCCUGUGCUCUUUGUUCAGAACAGGAAGCCAGAGGAAGAGAUGAGACAUUGCUUUCCACAGGAACACUGAGGGCUGCCUGCCUGGUUGACUGGCCGUGCUGCUGGGAAACCCAUCCAUGUCCUUCCCUUUGUCUCUCCAUAAUUGGCCACGGCAGGUUUUCACAGCCAGAGAAGAGGAAAGCGACGUGGAGAUCUAAAAAGAGAGGACAGAGGAGAGAAGAAGAGAGGAAGGAGAGAAGAAGAGGAGGAAGGGAGGGAGAGCCUCGUGACAAUGUUUUGAAGGGGAGGCAAAACAAAAAAGCAACGACUGCUCAGCCAGAGGUACAUAACCAGAGUGCUGGAUGGGAUUUGGAGUAUAUUUCCAUACUGCCUGUGACAUUGGGUGUCUGUGUGACCUUGGAUUGCAGAACUCCGACCCUUACUGCAAGAUGACAUCCGAACCAGUCUUCCACCUGCCACUCAACGUCUACAUCAUCAUCCUGGGCAUCGGCCUCUUCAUCCUCAUGCUCACCCUCAUCUUCUGCUGCUACCUGUUCAGACUCAGGCGACAAGGUGCAAGAGAACAGUAUGGUUACAAUGAGGUUGUUUUGAAAGGAGCUGGGAAGAAGCUGAGCCUAAUCGGUCAAACAUGUGCAGUGUGUUUAGAGGAGUUUCGCAGCAGGGACGAGCUUGGAGUGUGCCCAUGCUCCCACGCUUUUCACAAGAAGUGUCUGUUAAAGUGGUUAGAGAUCCGCAGUGUCUGCCCCAUGUGCAACAAGCCCAUUUGCCGCCUCCUGCCGGACCCCCCACAAGCACCUGAGCGGCCGCAGAGUCUCCUGGAGGUCUGAGAGGGGAACACAUGUCCUGCAGCACCUUACGCUCUCCACUCACUAUAAAGCCUGUUUCACUAUCCAACAGAUUGUAGUUUUAGUAAUGCAAACAUUUUUUAAGGCAGAGCUACUCUGGAAGUAGAAAUGAGUAAAUAGCCAGAAGCUUAAGCUAAGUGCCUCAAAGCUGCAGAUCCUCUAAAUGAGAGACUGCAACCGUCAGCAUUGGCACACAAUGACGAGGAUUUAUGCGUGUAUGAAAUUGGUUUGUCGACUGCCGUUUUGAAGCCUCGAGUUUGGCUUUUUUGGCCGUCGCCAUCUUGUUUUUUUUGCAACCAGAAGUGACACGAGAGGGUAGAGCUAAAUACAAUCGAACGCGGAAACUUUUAGACGACCAAAAAUGUUAUAAUUAACUUUCAUGAACUGAAAACACACUGUGAAAGGGUUAAAGUUCGAAAACACGGACAACACCCAGACCGGACAACGCCGUGGUAGCGAUCUGUCAAUCACAAGGUA